AUGGCGGAUAUGUACCACGCGAAAGAUCGUGGUAAGUCAUUUCCCAUCGCCUCUUUUCUUCCGUAUCUGGGUCUGGCUCUGAGCCCUAUCAUCGGCGGGGCCGUUGUACAGCUUGUCUACUGGCCGUGGCUCUUCUGGAUCGUGAGCACCUUCGACGCAUUCAUAACCCUAUUGGGGGCAUUUAUCAUUAAAGAGUCGUACACUCCGGUUCUACUACGUCGAAAGGCGGCCGUGAGAUCCGAGUCGGUCGUGCCAGCUUCAUCUCCAAAGCAAUGGGCGUCCUGGAAAGACUUUUUCUCCCGGCUAGCGAUCUAUCUUCGACGACCGCUUCGGCUCCUUAUCCGGCAACCAAUUAUUCAGGUUAUACCUCUCGUUCUUGCCUUGAACUUUGGUAUCUAUACAUUAAUGAUCUCAACUUUUGCAAUGCUCUGGAUCGAUUGGUACGAGCAAUCCCCUCUCAUUGGCAGUUUACACUACCUAUCUAUCUUUCUCGAUUGGCUUUUGUAUGACGGCGCAGAUAGGGGCAAGAUGGUCCUUAUACAUAGACGGCUACGUGAUCGACCAAAGAAUAAGGGUGAGGAUCGGCCUGAGUUUCGCGUUCCGUAUAUGAUUCCUGGGGUCCUUUUCAUUCCCGUGGGGCUCUUUUGGUACGGAUGGACAGCAGAAUGCCGCAUUUCUUGGGUCAUGGUUGACAUCGGUGCUAUCAUAUUCACGUGUGGAUGCUCAAUUCUAGCUCAAGCUCUGCUAGCAUACACUCUUGACAUGUUUGGCGAGCUGGGUGCCUCGGCGCAUGCCGCCACGGGAUUUCUAUCUAACAUACUAGGAUUCGUCUUUCCAAUAUUUGCCUCUCAACUGUACGAUAGCACAGUCUCCUGGCAUUCGUUUUUGUAGCCCUUGGUCUCCCCGUGCCGUUACUUUUGUGGGUUUGGGGGGAUAGGUUGAGAGCGCUGGGGAAAUAAUGACACGAUUAUAAUUGAAAUGGCUGCCUUCUUCCUUGGCCAUACGGAUGUAUGAAACAAUCUCGUAUGAUUUUGGUUUAUGUUGUGCGGUUUACCUCUGAAAAUG